UAGUAAUGCAUUUCCUUUUGUUAUCCUUACCACUUUACCAGCUGGCAGAGAGCCUUCCUUUUCCGAUUCUCUAUUUCCUUUCCUCAUUCCCAAUCUCCGAUCCAUCCCUAAAAACAACUGACGAGAGAUCGAUGAUGAUGAUGAUGAAGAUGCCUUGGAGGAGGAAGACCAGGAGCUUCCAUCUUCAGCUACAAGGGGCAAUUGGUACCAUUCAAUCUCCAUUCCUAUUCUUAUUUACCAAUUAUUGCCAUUCUUCUACUUCCACACUUGAAGAUGCACGCUUCUUGACAAAUAACUUCAAAUCUGCUUCUUUUACCCACCUUGAUGAUGCCAUUGCUUCCUUCAAUCAUGUAAUUCAUAAGCAUCCUCUGCCUUCUAGGGUUCCAUUUAAUAGAUUCUUAUCUGCCCUUGUGAAAAUGAAACAAUAUCACACUGUCCUUUCCAUGUCCAAAACAAUUGAAUUGCUAGGAAUCUCACACGAUGUUUAUUCUCUUAGCAUCUUAAUUAAUUGCUUCAGCCACUUACACCUUGUGGAUUUGGGUUUCUCUGUUUUUGGUAAGAUGCUCAAAUUGGGAUUGGAGCCUGACGUUGUGACAUUUACUACCUUAAUUAAUGGUCUUUGUACACAGAGUAAAAUCGACAAAGCUGUGGAAUUUUUCGAUGAUAUGGUUGCACGUGGUUAUCAACCUAAUGUUUAUACUUAUAAUGUGAUAGUAACCGGAAUGUGUAAAUUUGGGAAAACAAGUGUGGCUAUUGGGCUACUAAAGGGAAUGGCUGAUAGAGGUUGUGAGCCAGAUGUUGUGACAUACAGUGCAAUCAUUGAUGCCCUUUGCAAAGAUGAGCUAGUUGGUAAGGCUUUAGAGCUCUUCUCUCAAAUGAGGAAUAAGGGCAUUUCACCUGAUGUCAUCACUUACACUGGUUUAAUUCACGGUGUUUGCAAAUUAGGCCAAAAGAACCAAGCUUUGGCCUUGAUGAAUGAAAUGGUGGAGCAGAACAUAUUACCAAAUGUUUAUACCUUCAAUGUAUUGAUUGAUGCUCUUUGUAAGGAUGGAAUGGUUUCAGAGGCUCAAAAUACAUUCAAUGUAAUGAUUCAAAGAGGUGUAGAGCCUGAUGUGAUCACAUACACUUCCUUAAUUGAUGGUCUUUGCAUUUCAGACCAUUUCAAGGAAGCUUUGGCCUUGUUGAAAGAAAUGGUGGGAAGGAACAUAUCCCCUAAUGUUUUUACCUUCAAUAUAUUGAUCGACACUCUUUGUAAGAAAGGACUGGUUUCAAAUGCAGAGAAUAUAAUCAAAAUAAUGAUUCAAAGAGGUGUGGAACCUAAUGUUGUCACUUAUAGUUCAUUGAUGGAUGGAUAUUGUCUGUGCAAGCAAAUUGAUAAGGCUAGAAAGGUAUUUGAUCUGAUGGUGACCAAUGAAAUAGCUGACAUUUUUAGCUACAGCAUUUUGAUCAAUGGAUAUUGGUAUGUUUCAAGCAGGGAGGCCCCAAACUGCACAGGAGCUCUUUAAGAAUAUGUGCUCUCAUGGUCAACAGCCAAAUAUAGUAACCUUCUCAAUUAUGAUUAAUGGCUUGUGUAGACAGGGGAAUCUGGAUGAAGCACUCACCCUAUUGAAAGAAAUGGAGGAAAGUCAGUUGAAGCCUGAUCUUGUGACCUAUUGCAUUCUGAUCAAUGGUAUGUGCAAAGUUGGGAAGAUUAAUGAUGCCAAGGAACUUUUUUCUAGUCUUUUUGAAA